ACGCCCUUUCAAACAGAUCAGUGCUUUCGAAAAGUGGUGAGCAACAACAACAAAGCAACACCAACAACAGUAAUGAUAGAACACAUUGCUCUCAACGUAGAUACAAGAAGUGGUCAUCUUUACAAUCUAAUGAAAUGACUGAAUUUUGGAAGUCAAACCCAAGAAAACAAUGCGAGUUUUGCAAAUGUUGGAUUGCUGACAAUAAACCAAGUAUAGAAUUUCACGAAAAAGGCAAAAACCACCAGGAAAAUGUCAAGAGAAGAUUGGCAGAGGUUAAAAAGAAAGCUGUUGAGAAAAGAAAACAAGAUGAACUGUUUAGUAAAGAAUUUGCUGCCAUGGAAGCGGCUGCUUUAAAGGCAGUGCAAAAGGAUCUUCAAAGUAAUCCAAAUAUUGUUGGUGCAAAUGAUCUUGAAGUCCUUGUGAAGGACACAGCAAGAACUUCUGAAAAAAAGGCAUCAGAUGUAGACACCUCACAAACUUGGAUAGUUUGCCAGGCACCCCAAGGGCAUACUUAUUACUACAAUAAAAUAACUGGAGAAUCACAAUGGGAAAAGCCAGAUGAACUGGAUAACAAUGAAAAGUCUUUUGAAGAACAACAAGGUUCAUCGACAAAGGAUGCAACUCUGGCAAAAGUUGAAAAGAAGAGUAAAGAUGAUGAAGACCAGAGACAACAAGACCAAACGGAAAGAGAGAAGCAUCCACUUCUUGGUGGUUGGACAACCAUCAAUGUUGCUAAAGAAAGUGACGAGUUCUCCGAAAAGCGGCGUGUAGAAGAAGCUGAAAGUAGCGAGAAAGAUUCAACGACAAAUCAAGCAACGGAGAAAACAACAGAUCCUGAGGAGCUAACUCACACAUCCCGAAAAAGGAUAGCCAAUUUCAAGGAGAAAACGGUCAAGUCUUUGCAGCGUUCUGAAUUAAGCGAAAACGUAGGAUUCAAAAAAAGAAAAAUAAAAAAUAACAAGAACGUCAGAAAACGAGAUGAUGACGAUGACUGAAUUUAGUUUGUAUGUUUUUCUUAAAAAAAUGUUCAAUUGUUAA